CGCAUCUCGUGCGCAAAUUUCAUCUGCACUUCCUGCACUUCCUCCUUCCGAUUCGUACGUUCUUGAAGAUCUAGCUUUCCCUCUCUGCUAGUACGUUCUCGUCAGUUCUCGCAAGUUCUUGUUUGAUCGAAGACGGUAAAACAAAAGUGCAAGGAUUUAAUUGUGGCAAAAAUUCAUUUGCCAAAUCAAAAUUAUUCAAGUUAGAUUAGAUUCUUCGAAUUGAACGCACGACAUACAUUGUGAAAAAUGAGCGUAACGUUGCAUACGGACGUUGGCGAUAUCAAAAUAGAACUAUUUUGCGAGAUGUGCCCGAAGACAUGCGAGAAUUUUCUUGCGCUUUGUGCCAGUGGAUACUACGACAAUUGCCUGUUUCACCGGAAUAUAAAAGGCUUCAUUGUCCAAACUGGAGAUCCUACCAACACGGGUAAAGGAGGAACCUCAAUAUGGAAUCACAAGUUUGAAGAUGAAUUUAAAGAGGAGCUUAAACAUAAUGCAAGAGGUCUCAUUUCUAUGGCUAACAAUGGCCCUAAUACAAACGGCAGUCAGUUUUUCAUUACUUAUGCGCCUCAAUCACAUCUGGACCUAAAAUAUACUUUGUUUGGAAAAGUCAUUGACGGUUUAGAAACCUUAGAACAAUUGGAAAAACUACCAAUAAACCCUAAAAAUUACAAACCACUUGCAGAAAUCAGGAUAAACAAUAUGAUUUAGAAUCGGAAGAAAUAAUAUCAAUAAGUAGCUUUUAUAUUGUAUAUACACCUAAUAAUCUCUUGUUUUGUGGAUCAAAUGGACUUCGAAGAUACAUCUUUGCGGGAUACUUUUUCCUUCUCACUUCAAUAUGGUAUAAACUUAGUUACCUAUUAUUACAACGUCGGCAUUGCUAGGAACAUCGAUGUUCUUUGUCUCGUUUUCUUUAAAUGUAGCGACUGUUCGAUUAUUUCCGAGACCCCAUUUAAGUAACUGAAGUGAUGAAAAGACAUAUUGAAAUAUGUACGGUUUUUAUCUUUUUACAAAAAUAAAUAAAAUCUUCGUAA